CCGGCCGCGGGGCCGCACCGCGCCUCCCCCCGUCCCCCCCUGCUCCGGCUCUCAAUGUUCCACACUGCCCGGCCACAGAGCCGCCGCCGCCGCCGUAGAGCCCCCCGGCCGCCUCCGUCCCCUCCUCGGGCGCCGCGGGCCCGGCCCGGCCCCCCGCCAUCCCGCCCCUCCGACCCAGCAGCGGGACAGGACGCCGGCGAAGUUCCCCACGAUGUCCAGUGAUAGGCAGAGGUCAGAUGAUGAAAGUCCAAGUACCAGCAGUGGUAGUUCAGAUGCUGACCAGAGGGAUCCACCUGCACCUGAACCUGAAGAGCAAGAAGAACGAAAACCCUCUGCCACCCAGCAGAAGAAGAACACCAAACUAUCCAGCAAAACUACUGCUAAGCUAUCUACUAGUGCAAAAAGAAUCCAGAAGGAGCUAGCUGAAAUAACCCUUGAUCCUCCUCCUAACUGCAGUGCCGGUCCUAAAGGAGAUAACAUUUAUGAAUGGAGAUCUACUAUACUUGGACCUCCAGGUUCUGUAUAUGAAGGAGGCGUUUUCUUCUUGGAUAUCACGUUUUCAUCUGACUAUCCAUUCAAGCCACCAAAGGUUACUUUCCGCACCAGGAUUUAUCACUGCAACAUCAACAGUCAGGGAGUCAUCUGUCUGGAUAUCCUGAAAGACAACUGGAGCCCUGCUUUGACUAUUUCAAAGGUUCUGCUGUCUAUUUGUUCUCUUCUGACAGACUGCAACCCAGCUGACCCUCUGGUUGGAAGCAUAGCCACUCAAUACCUGACCAACAGAGCAGAACAUGACAGGAUAGCCAGACAGUGGACCAAGAGAUAUGCAACAUAAAUGACAAACUACUUGUGCAGUGUGAAGGUGCAGAAGGCAACUUUGCAGUGUGCAACAAAUCUUUAUAGCCUUUACAAUACGGACUUCUGUGUAUAUGUUAUACUGAUUCUACUCUGCUUUUAUCCUUUGGAAGACUGGGAUACUGCCCCCCAAAAAGGUAAAUGCUAUCAAGAGUAGAAGUUUGUAGCUGUAGAUUAGUUAUGUUUAAAAUGCCUACUUGCAAGUCUUGCUUCUUUGGGAUAUCAAAAUGUAUUUUGUGAUGUACUAAGGAUACUGUUCCUGAAGUCAACCAAAUAUUAUAGUGCAUUUUAGCCUAAUUCAUUAUCUGUAUGAAGUUAUUAAAGGUAGCUGUAGAUUACUAGGAAUUAUGUCAUUUGUAUUAAACCCAGAUCUAUUUCCAAUAUGUGGUACAUGCUGUUGUGAAAACUGUUUUAACUUUUACCUUUGUCAGUUUGUAAUGAAAGGAUUUCCUUUUUCCCUUUGUAGCUCAGAGAGCACCCAGUGUAUCAUCUCAAACACAAUAAACAUGUUCCCCAA